CUUUGAAGAAGUGUUAUCUCAAGAACCCUUUAAAGGAGAACAAACUUUUGAAAGGAUGCUAUCUCAGAAAACUUUUGAAGAAACGACACCUCAAGAUAUGUAUAGGGAAAUACAGCAUGAACCUGAAAUUUUUAUCUCAGAUUUGGAAAUCUUGAAUGACGGGGCAUCAUUUCAAGUAACCUCUAAAAGAAAAGGCAUUUUUAAAGGAUUUUCAUCUCAGGAAACUUUUAUAGAGAGAAUGCCGCAAGAUAUAUAUAUGGAUUUGGAAAAUUUGAACAAUGAAACUUCUACAGAAUUGAUACCACAAGAUUUGUAUAUGGACGUACAUGAGUCUAAAAUUUUCAUCCCGGAUCUUGAAAAUUUGAAUGAUAAGAAAUAUUCACCAAAAGUAACACCAAAAAAGUGGACUCUAGAUAAUUCCUAUUCACAAGAUAAAGAAAUUUCUAAAUUCACCAAAUACAAUAAUGGUGAUAGUGCUAGAACUUUCCGGGAAUCAAAUACUGAUUUGUCAGAAAAUUUAUCUCUUAGCAAUGUCAAAAUAUACAAUAAAAUACCUGAUGACCAAAAAAUAAAUUUGAAAAAUAGUGUUACUACAUUUGUUCGUGCAGUGCUGAAACGAGUAAUUCCAGAGGAUUUUUGGGGUUGUAAUGAUAAUCAACAA